ACCAAGAUAACAAUCAACUGCGUCACCUUCCCGCUGCCCAGUGUGACGCCAGAUCAGCCAGAGCAGCAGCUACUGAAGCCCAAUGAGUGGAGCUACUGUGACUACUUCUGGACUGACAAGAAGGACCCCCAGGGGACCCCCUCUGUGGGCGGCUUUGAGGUKCUGCUGCAGAAACAGCUCAAGGGCAAACAGAUGCAGAAAGAGAUGGCUGAGUUCGUCCGGGAGAGGAUAAAGAUUGAAGAUGAAUACUCUAAGAACCUCUCCAAGCUCUCCCAGAGCCCCUUGGCUGCUCAGGAGGAAGGAACCCUUGGGGAAGCUUGGGCCCAGCUGAAGAGGAGUUGUCAUGACGAGGCUGAAGUCCACCUCAAGUUCUCCAACAAGCUCCAGUGUGAGGUGGARAAGCCCCUGCUGACSUUCAGAGACAACUUCAAGAAGGAGUUGAAGAAGUACGAUCACCACAUCAUAGACCUCAGGAAGCAGCUGGCCAGCCGCUAUGCAGGCGUGGAGAAGGCCCGUAAAGCCYUGGCAGACCGGCAGAAAGAUCUGGAGGUGAAGACYCAGCAGCUGGACAUCAAGCACAUGAACAAACACGAGGAAGACAUCAAGAAGGCCCGGCGGAAAUCCACACAAGCAGGUGAUGACCUCAUGCACAAUGUGGACCUGUACAACCGGGCCCAGUCCAAGUGGUUUGAGGAGAUGGUCACCACAAGCCUGGAGCUGGAGAGACUUGAGGUUGAGAGGGUGGAGAUGAUACGACAAMAUUUACGCCAGUACACAACGCUGCGACAUGAAACUGACAUGUUCAACCAAAGUACGGUGGAGCCAGUGGAUCAGCUGCUUCAGAGUGUGGACCCAGCCAAAGACCGAGAGCUGUGGGUGCAGGAGCACAAGACCGGGGAGCUCCGCCCUGUGGACAUGGACAUAUAGUCAACUACACUGARGUACCUCAAGCAGCCAGAGGCAACACCUCCACCUCCAUACUGUCAGAAUCCCAGGCCUCUCACAGAACAUUCCAACUACAGCUACAGGUGCAGGUGCAUGUAUGUUCAGGAUAAGGUGAGGCCUGUACAUUCUGUCUAUGAUGACAUCAGAAUAGCACAAUGUUAUCACAGUGAUAACUGGAGAAAAGGUAGCAUUCCCAAUGCAGUGCUUUUGAACCGACAAUGGAAAAACAAGAGACAGAUCAAUAGUCCAGAUACCAGCAUGUUACAGUAAUACAAUGUUUGAUGGUUUUACUCUGUAUYAUGAAUGCCACUAAACAAGCUUAAACAA